GUAUCGUGGAUCCGACACCGGGACAUACAUCUUCUCACUGCCGGGCGGUAUACGUAUACGAGUGACCAACGGUUCGAAGCCAUUCACGAACCGCAUUCGGAAAACUGGUCGUUACGGAUAAAAUAUCCGCAAAAAAAGGAUACUGGCAUCUACGAGUGCCAGAUAAGUACCACUCCGCCCAUAGGCCAUAAUAUCUACUUGACCGUGUUGGGUAAGUUCUAUGCGAAUCGAAUUUUCUUCCACUUCGUAAAAAAAAAUGUUGAUUCGGGUUUUUGUCAGAUUUUCCCUAAAAUAUGACUGUUAUGUAUGUAUCUUUUCCCGCGACUUUCAGACACUUUUAGCGGCUCCAUCUGGAUCAAUAAAUUACAGUUGUUUUACAGACGGAUUGAAGUGAUAACAGUUUGAUAUAAUUUCAAUAAGAAUUUAUUAUGUUCCUGUAGGCGGACGGUAAUUUUUAGCUUUGUGUAUGCACGGUGUGAGUAUCAAGGGUUAGAAAGAUUUUAACAUUUAACCUGCUCCCAACCAUUUGAAAAUCAAAUUGUAUGUUUUUACAGGAAACACCUGGUUUUAAAUACCCCCGCAAAUUAAAAUGUAAUUAUACUCUGCUAAUCAUAACUAUUUUAGAUCAAUUAUGAAAAACAAAAAUAUUGUAACGGCGACAAGUCAACUGGGAAAAAAUUCGACUCUAGUGACGGAGCUCUGCUACUCAUGAGUGUUUUUUUUUUUUUUUUUAAUUUACCUUGGGGUUUUUAAUCUGUCGUUUAUUUAAAUUUAAAAAAGAAAUACAAAAUACAAAACAACACAAUGUGUGAGUACCUACCUGCGUUAUUUUUACGAUGACCGUCUAAAAAAAAAAAAACUAAAUUAUCAUUCUCGAUUUAGAAUUUCGAACGGUGUCACUGUGCCAGAAAAUGAUCGAUUUUAUAAUAAUAUUAUAAUAUGUUAAUGCAUGUUGCGACUAUUUGUGUAUUCUCAAACAGUUUUCGACGGCGCGUGUACUUCGAAAGUUUUCCCGAGGUAUUAAUAUAAAAUUUGUAUUUAGAAUAUUAUAACAAGCAAAUCAAAAUACAUAUACAUAUUAAAUGUAUCGAAUUUAUAUUUAUAAAGCGGUUAUUUUUGCCGUCCCAUUUUCUAGGACAGUAACGCAAUAGUUUAAAAUAUUCGUGUAGAAUAUAGUUGAACACGGUCGGCAAGUAAUCCGAAGCGGGAUAGUUUUAUUGUUAGAACUUUCGGAUUUGUACUCCAAUGGCUAAUAUUUAUAUAUAGUAAGCAGGAUUCGGGACUUAUACAAUACGCUUAUUUUUUUCGCCGUAUCAUUAAAUUUAACAGUGCGCUAUGUAAGUUUAUAUCACGUUGUGAAAUUUAAAUGUGUUCUUUUGUUUAUUUCGAUAAUUAAAAAAAAAAUGCUUUUUACUUUAGUUUCUCCUGCUUGUUUUCAUAUUUUCUACUUUUUCAUUACGUAAGCCGCUGAAAUCUAAUUUUAAAUAAUCGUUGCCUUUGUACUCAAUACAUUGUAUCCUAACCACAUUUCUUUGUUUGUGAUAUCUUAUCUACCUACUUUUCAUGUGAACCGUCGCUGAGCGUGGUGAAGUUCAAAUUCACGUGUGUAGUUUUAAAACUUCCAAAAGUUCAAAUAUGAAAUUUGACCUACAUGCUUUUUACUAGGUUUUUGCUUUUUAAAUAUUUUCUCAAGUGCUUAUAUUUGGGCUAUAAUGUAAUUUUUUAAACGCUUAGAUGUUGAUUUUAAGUGCAAUUAGUACCGAACUUAGAUUAUGAGUAUUAUAACCUAACCUAACCUAACCUCACCUAACCUAACCGACAAGUGUUAAAAUAUUAUAAUUUAGCUUUCGAUAUAAAAAUUGAAUGUUCCCUUUCGUUUUGUUUUAGCACUUAUAUAUUAUCUGUUAUGACUCCCAAUUCACUGAGUGUAUCAGUUGUCCAAUUUUUGUUUAAACAUAUGUAAAAUUGUUUAACAGAAGUUACAUUUUUACUUAAAAAUAUACUAAUUGAACAUUGUUUUAUAAAUUCGUUAAAUUAGAAACUGCCGAUUCUGAACAAUUUAUACAAAUGAGAUCUGUCGCAAAAAAAGCCGCACAACACCUUGUUAUUUUUUGUCUCACAUGCUAUUAUAAGUACACUGGUUUUUUUUUUCGUUUGUGUACAUUUCAGUUACAUUAUUUGGUUGUGUUUCGAUUAAUUUUUAAAAAUUACAAAAAUUGUUCUGUUUAUUUUGUACGCAUAUUAUGCCCGUAUAUACAGGUAUACUGUUAACGUUUAUAACAAAGUAUUUGUAUAAUUUAUUCGCCGGCGAAUGAGAAUCACUCCUCUGAAGAACUUUUCUAACGCGACGAUUAAUUUAUGACGCAAAGACGCCUUAUUAUUAUUAAACUCACGCGGCCUACUGAAAACGGCUGUCUACUAUAUUAUACGACGUGUAAAAUAUGUCUGGCUUUUUACCAAAUUAACUCACUCUUUGAACCUUUUUAAUACCCGUUGUAAAGAUAGAUUCCCGUGUGGAAACGUAAUGUUUAGUCUUUGUGUACAACUAUACAAUAGUAUAUUAUACAGUUAGACGUUCAAAUGCAAGUGUAACGAAACUGAACCGGCGACAAAAUGCGUUUUUCGGGAACCCGUGGAAAUUUCACCGACAAUACGUCGUACUGUAUGUAUAAAUAGCCCGGAAAACAAACGACGCGUGAAAAAUAUUACGGGAAAAAAAAAAUUCAUUUUCCCGGGUUUCAUUCCGAAUCGCGCCACUCUACGUACAUUUUAAAGUUCCGCGGAUAGCGCUGCUGUCCGGCAGACACGCGAGGAGUACGCGAAAUGACAUAUUUUUCGAAAUAAUAAUAAUACGUUGACUGCGGUUAAAACUAUUGCCGCGUUAAUAAAUGGACCGCGCGAUUUCCUCGCCUACGGCCUCCGUACCCCCCCCCACCAUCCCCUUCACACCGUUCCCUUAUGUACGCGGGGGUGGUAUCCGCGAACGACAACGAGCGGAGAACGGUUUUCGAAUAAUUGUCCGCGGCAAUCGCGGACGCGAUACUUCUGUAUUUGUGGUACGCCGUGAAAUUGAUUACGACAGUCUACCAUAAUAUGCGAUCGCGCAAAUUGUAUUAUCUAUCCGGUUUAUAGUUCGCGAUUCCGUGGUGUAAAUUUUUAAUCGUUCAUUCCGCGACUGUCCCCGACUAGCGCUCUCGCGUUCAAACGAUCAAUAUCGGUUCCCCGUUUUCUCCCUUGAGCUCGGUCCGUUUAUUAUUGUAUCGUUUGUACGCCUAGUGCCUGUACGGUUAAAGAGAACGCGCAUAACGUUCCAGGAAAUAAACAGCCAGAAAAUGGAUUUAUAGAAAGUAAGAAACCAGAAGAUUAAAAGAAAAAAAAAAACGUACACUGUAAUCGCAGAAUAGUAUAUAUCUAGGGAGUAGUUUUCCACAAAAUGAUAUUGAAAUACAGUCGGGGUCAAUUCGUUCUCCGUGCGCUAGAGAAAAAAUAAUCUUAGAAUAUAACUAUUCGAAUAUUACAUAUUUCGAUUUUUUGAGUUUGGGGUCUUCGACGGCCUUUACUGAAAAUAACCCUCGGUUUUUAAUGCAAAAACCACAUCGGUAGAUCGGAGGGGAAAUAUUUUCACUGCUUAUAUGGAAUUCCGAAUUUUCAUUAAUGUGAUAUAGAAAUCACCCUCGAUAAAACUGCUUCCUGUGAUUAUAUUUUCUAGCCAUUUUAUCUUCUGUUCGUUUUACUUCUGGAUUUCUAACGCUCUGGCGAAUUAUUUCCCAGAAAUUUAUGGGAUCCCGUUAAAUAUCGCCGUUUCAGUGUAAGUACGAUCGCAAAAAACCGAAUUAGUUCUAAAAUAAAUUGAUUAAAUCGAUAAAUAAGAAAAAAAAAAGACGGUGACCGGGAAACGCCCGGUGUGUGGUAUAAUGAAAAUCGUUAAAAGCUGCAGAGCCGCGACCGAAUACGACAUUCCCAUUGGUUUUCGUCGGUAUCGAGAUCGAAAUUCGAUUAAUAUUUUAGUGGAUCGUUUGAUUACACCGGGCGUAAUUAUGUGGGUAGACCUAUACACCGCAUAUGUCCGGCAACGUGUUUUUACAGUAUAAAUUGUUUAUUCGUGUUUUAUAGAUAACUUUCUUGGGGCCGAAUUACCGAUGCCCGUCUGACCGUGACCGAAAUAGUCCGUUCGAUAUAAUUAAUUAGUAUUUGAUGUUCCGUUUUAAUUUUCAUCUCUCGACACAAAAACGCAACACGCGAAAAUUGAGCACAACAAACAAACCGGGGAAACCAAACAAAUUAUAACUCGCUGUAUUCGGGACAGUGCUUACAAUCACAAAAAUGUUGUCGGUAAAUAAGACGUAUAGUAUGACAUGAUAUGAAAACGCAAUCGAAAGUGGAAAACACGUGCGAUGCAAAUUAGAAGACCCCCGCGUCUGAUUAAACAAACUGCGCGAGAUGAGUCUCUGUAUUAUUAUUAUCGUAUGGGGAUAUCGAGCGUGACUGUAGGUCGUCAAAAAAAACUUUUUUUACCUUUUUUUUUUUCACUAGAUAAAUUUGCAUGUGACGAUAUAACCUGGUCUCGUGGGAUGGAAUAAAAAAAAAAAAAACAUACAAAAAAUGUUUUCUUUGGUUUAAUGUGACCAAUAAAUAUAUCACGCAGAUAUUUGAACGAGAUUUGUUGCUCUAAUUUUACACGGGCAACAAAUACCGAUAUAAUGCGUAAAUAAAUUAAUCACGGACGAUAUCAAGCAAAUAUAAUUCAAGUUAAGCACGUUGGGGUCUUUUUUAGAUUUAGAGAUGAGUGAAAGAUUUAAAAUGGUUUAAAAUUAUUUCACAAUGAUGCGUGUUUUAUAUUUCAUUAUUAUAUGUUUAUUCUGGAUCUAGUUAAUGAUUAAUAUAGUCGAAUUUUGAAUUUCCAUGUAGUUUUCUUAAUAAUUGAGUAAAAUGGGGGGGGCACGUAGAAAGAACAGCAAACAUUACGGAAAUUUACGGUCUCAUUGUUUUCAAUUUUGUUUUUUUUUUUUGUUCUUAUUCAGUUAAAAAUAUUCGUAGACUUGACAUUUAGAUUUUGGACAGAAAACUUAUAUUUGUAUUUUCUAAAAGUGGUAAAAACAUUUUUUUUUGAUUUUAAGCGUAUUAUACGCGUUUUAUGUUUACGAAUUGUUUACGUAGUUUUUAUUUGGUGGGGCCUGUAUGGAUGUAAUCGUUUAACUAAAAAUGAACUUAAAGAAUUUAACAGGAGAUACAUUAUACGUUGUACUUUGUGGUAAAAAAAAAAAAAAAGAGUAGAAUGUAGAAUUUUUUUUUUAUAACAAUUUUAUAUCAUAUUUUGACGAAAAUCGUAAAUAUUACGAUCUUUCCAAACACGUGUAAUCGAACUUCGCUCCGAAUCGUUUUUCGUUAGCAAUGGUUGGUUACAGUUAUAAAUUAAAUUAAUUAUUAAAUCCCACCUUCCCAACUGCCUAUCUACAACAGUGGCCUACCCAUCGCGCAAAGUUUGUCGGUCUUUUUUCUUUUUUCAAUACAUUUUUAUGAUGCAUAUUCGCGCGUGAAAAACUAAAAAUACAUACGGUCUUUAUAAUUUAAACGGUCGAAUACUCGUAUAUAAUACGCGUGGAUGCUUUUAUGCCAACAGGAAAAAAUAUUUCACCGUAAACGCCGUACAGUUAGCUUACGAGUUAAUCUAUAGUAACGCGUACGGUUUUUAUUUUUAUGACGGUCUCUCCUACGUGUUUUUUUUUUUUUUAUCAAAAAUGUUACCGUGCAUAACAUCGUCAUAAUACGCGAGUUUGAUGGUUCAUGAUUUAAUACAUUUUGUUUUUAUUAUUAUUAUUUCCGUUUGGUUCUAUAUUAUAGUCUUAUUAAUUUUUUUUUCAUUAUUAUUAUUAUUAUUAUUAUAAUUCGAUUUACAUUUAUUGUUUAUUUUAGCCGUCAGAUUUUUUUUUUUUUUUUAUUACGUUUAAAUUUCGUAUAAACCGAUUAUCCAACAACAAUGGUAUAGAGUAGAAGGCCACUCGGGCCAUUGCCCAUAUUGACAUUUCUGGUUCAAUUGAAACGUUUAAUGCGUAUUAAUGAUAUUACUGAACGUAACUAUAAUCCAUUAGUAUUACGGGAAGUGAAUGGAGACUGUAGAUUAGUAAAAGGAAAUUAUAUUUUGUUUAAAUUAUUCUUCUAAUAAUAAUCCGAACAAUUCAAUUUAAGCUUUUUGGCACCCUCCCGCCCUGUCGUUUCUAGAACAUUCUAAGUCCGUGAUUUUACCAUAUUGUUAUUAACAUUCAUCCCGGGAAAUAUUUAUGUCAGAUCGUUUUUUUUUUCCCGUACCAAUAGAUCGAGAGAAAAAAAAUAAAUAAUUUUAAACUUUCUCGCGGCAAUAAUUUAUACGAUUAUUUAUUUUGUGCGCGUAGUAUACGCGAACGCGGUCUCAAAGUUUAUAACUUUAUUGUAACCGUGAUUUAUAAAUCAUGUUUUACCGAACUUAUUGGCGCAAAAAGAAACUCGACUCAUCUCGAGCAUAAUAAUUGAUCGGGGAUUAAAUUUAAGGUUAUAUUAUCUCACGGUGAGUAAAGAUCUUUCGUAGCUUAUAUAAAUUUCGUAUUUGACCGAAAUACUGCCGUGUUUCUUGAUCACGUUAAAAGUAAAAACGCGCUUGACGGUAUCUAUACAAAUGCAUAAUAAUAUAUUCAAAUGCACAGUGGCGAACUUAACGUCAGACUUAGUAGGCCGAAAUUUCCGGUGACUCGUUUACACUAGCUGAUGUACACUUUUUACCUAUCAUCUGCGACCGCCGAUACGAAGGUAACGUAAAUUUCAAAUGACGGUGUAGUGCAUUCCUAUCUGCGACUGUGUGAAUUCUAUUUGAUAAUAAUACUUUGUAUAUUGUAAUCUAUACUUGAACUCCAAUUUCAUGAACAAUUGCGCUAAUACUAGUUGCGUGCAGUGUACACGAAUGGAAAACGCAAUUAGCUAUUAACAAUGAAGACAAAUUAGUAAAUAGACAAGUAUAUGCAAUAUUUACGAAUCACACGAAGUUUUACGGGUAUUCGACAUAACGCCACUCCAUUCCUCCGUCUAAAGUCCGCCUGAAUUCGCACUCCUGAUCGAUCUCGGUGUUCCUUUCCGUCCGACUCGGGUAAAUGGAAAUCCACAUGAGGAUUUCGAGGCUUUUCGCGGGUGUUUGUGAAAUAUUUUCGGGCGGAGAAUUCUCAACGUCACCACAAUAACAAUAUAAUAAUAUGCUGUAUGGCCGCGCGGAGUUGAUAGGAUACGACGUCGAAAAGCGCGUUUUAAUUUAUACGCGGCCGUUGCGUGACUAGAACAUAAAAAAAAAAAAAAAACGAAACGAAACAACAAUAAUAACGAUAAUUGAAAACACACAGCUCCGCGGAUAAACGAGCGUGGCGGAGCCAACACAAUAAAAGUGACUUUGUAUAAUAUAUUAUUGUUAUUAUUAUUAUUAUUAUUAUGUUUCGAGUGUUUUGGAAGUUCAACGCGUAUGCAAAAAGAGAGUUGGGGAAAGGGGGUUAAGAGAUUGUAAUCUUUAAUUUUAUCUCGAGACGGAGGCGAUUACCGCGGCGAGUGCGAAACAACCACAGAUAUAUGGUAAAAUACUUUAUAUUUGUGGAAACAACAAAAGGCGAUAAAAAAAUAAGUCGACUGGUUCGCGGGCGGCACCGCACCACCGACUUUAAUAACGCGCUGCGCCGAUGUUUCUAACCUAACCGCGGUUCGAAAUCCGCGGCGGUUUUAAACGUAUGUCCGGCUUGGAUAAAACGUCGUUAUUAUUUUUUUAUUAUCGCGAUCGUUUUGCCCGCGGACGAUUUAUAUUUUAAUUACGCGUUUAUGUAAGUACAAUACAGGUAUGUAAUAUUAAUCAUGUAUAGGUAUACCUACCGUUAUUAUAGUAGCUAUAAUAAAACCUAAAACCGGAGAGCACGGGAUCGUUAACAAUAAAUCGCGUAUCUGAUGUUGCGGCUCGUCUGUUUUAUUCGCGAUUUAGUAUCCGUAUAACGAAUACAAAUUAAAAAAAUUAAUCGGCUUACGCGUUGAAAAUUUAUAUCACUACGCACCUACAUUUCCGCCGGUAUAAAUUACAUUUUUCACACGGGCCACCGUUUAUCGUGUACCUGGGUAUAUUAUUAUUAGAUUUUGGAUUUCGGAGUACUGAAAAACUAUUGCGAAAAUUACUUAAAAUGAAACAAAAUCCGUAUUAAAAAUUUAAAAAUAAAAAUGUAGUUGGCCCAUAAAAAAAAAUCUACAUAAGUGUUGUUUCGUUCUUAUUAUUUAACGAAUGGCAAUGCCUUUAACGGAUUUCGAUUAGUUUAAUAUUAUAAAUUGUAAUUAAAUGCAUAUACAAAUAAAUUCUGAAAAAAUAAAUUAAAUAUUUGACGACGAAAACCAAUUGGCUGAGCUUCCAAAAGUUGAGGAGGUGUAUAAAGGAUACUAUAGAAUAAUUUAGUUUAUAUACUGAAAACAGUUAAAUCUGAUAAAUCGUUGCAAUCAAAAUAUGGUUCUCAAGGGGCUUGAUAAACAAGUAAGGAUAUAAUACUAUAAUAAUAAUACAGUCUGGUUUUUUCCUCUCGUACUUCGUAGCCAAGGUAACCCAGAAAUCAACAAAAAUAAAACUGAUAUGUAUAGUAAUUUUUUUUGUAAAUACCUUCCAUAUAUAUAUAUAUAAAGAAUAAAUAUUUAUAUUUGUUAGGAAGUGCACAACUUGAAACCGGAUGGGCCGAUUUGACUGAUUUUUUUUUUUUUUUUGGUGUGUUCAUAAUUGUCAGGAAAAUGUUAAUAUGAAAAAAAAUUUUAGGAAAACCCAACGGGAAAAGUUGUAAAUUUGUAUGGUAUUUUCGUAUGAAAAUCUUAAUACUUUUUUUUAUUCCAUCCGUAUCGCCAAGGUAACCCGUAAAUCCACAAAAAUAAUUCGAUAAUUGACGUUCAGUUCUACUGUUAAAUGUUUGCGAAAUGGUUCGAGUUGUCCAGAGAAGGUUCAAAGCUUUUAUAAUCCUCGAUCUAAACAGUAGAAGUAGUAGACCUACAGUACCUACUUUGGGCUGGAUACAAAAUAAUAAUUUAUAGGUGUUUAAUAACCAUAUAAAACACAUAAGUUUAAAAAGAAAAUGAAAGAAAAUGAAUUACAGUCGAGGAUUGAAACAGGAAAUCCAGGGGGAAACGAUCGGAUGAGCAAGUUUUUUAGCUAUUGAAAUCUUUGAUCCGUUCGGUAGAAAAAAAGUUAAGGGCCCCUAACUAAAAUCUUUCAUUGUAUAUUACGUUAGCGUAAUGGCAUUCACAUUAUAUGUUCCAUCCCAACGGUCUGAGGUUCGAGCUCGAACACAUUUAUAAUUUUAUUUUUCUUAGUUUUGGUUUUAUUAACAUUACGUUACCACGGUACCAGACUACGUUACCACAGUGUUUAUAAGCUAAAUUUUUCAUUGUUUAUUAGCCAUAUAACUAAUUCACAUAGGUUUGAAAAGAAAAUACAUUUUUAAAAAUUUAAGUUUAACAACCGUAAAUGCAGUGAUAAUGACGGGGAUUGAAACUGGGAAUCCAGGUGGAUAACGUUUUUAUUACUUACUCAUUUUUUUGGCACGGGUAACGUCGGGCAGGAUAGCUAGUUUGUAAUAUUUUAGAAAAAUAGUAAUAUUUAUUUACCAAAUAAUUAUAUAUAUUAUAACCAAACUCUGUUAUACGUUGAAGUUAUUAAACGUGAUCACUAAUCAACAAACGAAAAUGUGCCGUUUAAAAAUUUCAUUGUUAUGCCAAAAAUAUUGUUAUUUUUAUUUGUUUGAAAUUUUUUUUAGUUUUUUUGAAACGUUGUACGUCCUUGAUAAAUAGUUACAAAAUACGCAAAUUAAAAUUAUUAAAUUAUAAAAUACCUAAUGUAUAGACGCGUGAUUUCCGAGUAGUGUAUAAUAUUUUACACGUUGGAUUUGCACCGCCUAUAAAUUAUCCUAUUUUUUGCUUCGCACCGCUAUAAUGGCACUCUCGCGACCCAUUGGAGAAGAUAGUCCAUCGUGUACUCGGAUCUCCAUUGAUAAUUUUGUAAAAAGCUGCUAUUUUCUUUGUUAUAUUCUUUUUUUUUUUAUUGUUACUGUUCAGAACUUAUAUUCUACGUUGGUACCUUUGUAUUAUUUUCAAAUGCAUUCCAAUUACGUUAGUGAAUGAAAUUACUAAUGUAUUGUAGGUAACUACGCGGAAAUGAAAAACUGAAACUAUAAAUAAAAUCGGCGCUGAGUGGAUUAAAAUCUUUUUUUUCUCGUAUUAAUUAUUACGUAUGUAAAUGAAAGUAACCAUCUUUUCUGAUAGUCAUAUGCCAAAAAAAAAAAAAAUUAUUCAAUGUAAAUCUUCUUAAAUUCAGAACCUUUUUUAAAUCUUUAAAGCUUUAAUUCUAAGUAAAAAAAAUAUUUUAAACAACUAACAUCAAAUCAUAUAAAACCGUUUUCAGUGAAAAUUUCGUAGGAAAUCAAUAAAUAUUAUUCGUAGAUAUAUAAAAAUAAUAAUAAUAAUAGCAGUAAAAAUAUGUCUCUUAAAAAUAUUUUAAAGUGUACCUAUUUCACUAUCCGUCGUUUACUACUAAAAAUGACUAUACAGAUAAUUGGUUGACGGCGAGUUUUUUAUUUCUGACGCGAAAAAAAGUCGAAUGUUAAAAAUCUCGUGUCAGUUAAUUUUGUACGUUUAUUCAAUUUUUAAUAAGAGGAAAUAUGAUAUAAUAUCCAUCAUAAUUAAUUCUAGAACACGAUGAUUCAUCGCUUUCAGAUUUAAAAUGACAAUGCGCCCGUUCCAUAAGCCCACGUAUGUGGCUAAUUCUACGUGCAAAGUAUACCCGGAUGUUUUCUCUUUUUUUAAUCCGAACCGACACGUUUGGAGAUAUGAAUUAAUUACUUUCUUUUUUCAUAUACAUAUUUAUGUAUAUACCUAUAUUUAGAAAAAAAAAAAGACCCUUUUUAUUAAAUAGAUUAUACCAGGAAAAUAAUAUUUCAACCAAAAGCAAUUGGUUGAAAUAGGAACAGGAAAUACUUAACACUUAUAGUAUACUAUUGUACGUGGUAAAAUUAAGUUCGGUCGAUGAGGGCGAAUAUCACUUAUACCCGGGCUAUGAGAAAUAAAACCUCAAAAAAGUAUCAAUUGUUAAUGUGUAAAUUCACUACACAUCGGUAUGAAUUUAAUACUAACCAACAAUUACAAUUCUGAACCGUGAAAAACAAGAUUAUUGACGUUUUUAUAUCAAAAUAUGACUUAACCAACGUGGCUACUGUAUUCUAACAAUACCUUUAUUUUUACUCGACGUGGUUUCUCAAUCACUAAAGGGUUUAGGCUUUAGAUCUACACUUAGAGCAGUAUCAAGUUUAGAGCUUUGACGGCAUUAUUAUAUUACAGAGUUGAUAUACUUAGAGAUCUCGAUUUUAUGGCCGUUUUAUUUAUUUUUUCUUAUCACCCGGUGAAAAGUGACAAGUAUUCCGGUCGGUUAGAUAAUAUAUCAUCGGUUUAUAAUAAACCAAAAGCAACGAUAAGUCAUUGCAAACAAUAAAACAAUUUAUUUCAUAGCGUUUAUUUGGUUCUUGAAAAACCGCGAUUCACAACGUAUUUUAAACACAACCAUAUUUAGAGCAGACAAUUACAAGCUUUACAAAUGUAUUAAAUACUGUAUAGUGUAAUAUAGUUCUAUUUGGGUUCUGAAACUUAAGCUUUAUGUAUUUUUUCGCGCAACUGUAAGAAGCCCAAAAAAUCGAGAGAGAAAAAUAAAACUCAAGUUUCAGAACCGAAUAGAACUAUAAUACAUUAUACAGUAUUUAAUAAAUUUCCAGAGCUUGUAAUUGUCUGCUCUAAAUAUGGCCGUGUUUAAAAUACUCAUUCGGUCGAACCGUUAAAGUACGGUAAGUAUAGGGUUAACAAUAGGCGUAAUAGGUUCGUUUCACAAUAUUGCAUUUUGCGUUCUCAAUAAAGAUUUUUAUAUUAUGGUUCAGCGUAUUGAAAACCAGUCAUAAAAACAAUAUCUGUACAACACUGUAAUACAACGGAAUCGUAAUCGUGUAUUUAUUGUUGAACUCUGGACGGAAAUAUUGAAUUGUUGGUUACAAAAACGGUUAACGCGUCCUUUUACAUAAUAUUACUAUACGUACAAAUUGAUUUGGGAGUUAAAUAUUGUGCCGUUUAAAAUAAGUCGUUUUACUCCUGGAAUUUUACAAAUUAUGCUCAAUUAAAAUGAACGAGUCUUCAUAAAUGUUGACAAAUUGUUCAAUCAGUUUUGAUUUUUAUAUUGAGGGGGUUUUUUUUAAAGAGUGUUUUACUCAAAAAAUGUUUACAAGAAAACUCUCAUGCCUCGUAGAGUGUUUCGAUCACAAUCAUUUUUUUCCCCGUCGGAAAGAGGAAAAAUUCCUACAUCGCGGCAAAUUGGAUUUUGACUUGUUGUUAUGCAAUCAAAACUAUAAUAUAAUACCAUAAAGUAAAAAGUCUGCAAAAUUUAAAAUAAACGGCGUGAAAAAAUCGGAUCGUUUUUGCUUACCGCAAAAGGGUUUUCCGAAAAAAAACAUAUAAUUUUAGAACUGAUGAUUUUUUCUAUACAGAAUCUAAUAACAAAAACUCGGUAUACUACGGGUGUUUAUUCAAGGAUAGGCCACUGUUUAAGGGGAGAAUUUGAGAAAUCAUAGGAUAUAAUUACAAAGUAAAUACUUUUUUACAAAUGUUGAUAUGCAUAACAUUUAAUAACCCUGGUAUAACUCGCAAAUGAUUUGAUCGAUAUUAGAGUUAUGGAUAUCAGAAUUUGUAGAAAAAUAUUUUUUCUUGGUCUAGUUUGAAAAGCAUUGAUUGAAAAUUAAACAUUGACUAUUUAUGGUGUACAGAGAAAGGAAAACGUUUUGAAAAUAUUGUAUACCAGUUACAUAGUGGCUGUGAAAAAAUCAAUGUUUUACUCAAAUCCUUGUAGAUAAUCGCUGGAUCAUGAUAACAUAAAAUCGCCCUGUAUAUAUAUAUGUAGGUGUAGAUGUGUGUGUGUGUGUAUGUGUGUGUGUGUGUGUAUGUUUUUGAAUUGUAUUAUAAUAUUAUUAUUAAAAGUUCGUCGUUAUCAUUUAACAAAAGUUUCGUGACGUUGACAUCGUGGUGACUUCGGCCUUUUUAUUGUGUUUGCGCGGACAAUUGCAGCGAAAAAAUGUCCAAUACAUUGUGAAUCGCUUUGGGCAAAAAAAAAAUAUAUAUAUAUAUGUAUUAAAUUAAAUGAAAAUCGAGUUAUAUCUUGAAAACAAAAAUAUUUUAUAAGCGGAGAGAGAGAGAGAGAGAGAGCGUUGUCGUUCUUACGACUCAAACGUUAUAUACACUGCACUAUUGUACAAUACAAUAUAAUAGAACAACGUUUCUUUAAUUCAGAAUAAAUAAACAAAAAAUUACGUAGCACAACAAUUAAUAAACUACAAAACUACAUUUUCGAUUGUACCUUACUCUUAUUUUAUACACUGCAUAUUAUUGUAAAUUGGAUCGUGCCAUCAAAACAAAAAGUAUACAUCAACUUUCGUACAGUCUUAUUAAGUCGAGAUAAAAAAAAAAAAAAAAAAAUUGUUUACGUAUAGUUUUCCGAAAGCCGAGAAGCCCGAGAGUUCGAAAAAAUAAUUAUUUUUUACUUGUAUUUUCGCCUCAUUAUAUUUUUCCCCUUUUGUAUAGUAUAGAUAUAGAAAAUACGCUAUGUCUAUAACUACGACCGAACUAUAACACGUACACCGCCGUAAAAAUAAUACAAAAUAUCGUAUAUUAUAGGCACUCCGGCCCGAGUGUUAUUUUUUCAAUGUUCUCACGAUGAAAAUUACGAUAGGUUGGUAGUAAAAAAGAAAAAAAUGUUGAUAUAUAUAGGUACCUGGUAUAAUAUUAUAUAGGUAUACGGUAACGGGGUUUCUUAUAUACGAAACAGCGCAGGUAUAAUAGUUACCGUUCUGAACCGAGUGUGACAGUUUUUUAAUAGAAAAAUACUGCGACUCCGACACGGGCGUUACGAAUUUUAUUCUCCCGCGUGUUAUAUCACAUUGUCUCGCAGGAAUUAUUUCGCAUCUCUGUGUCUGCUGUGUUUAAAAAAAAUAAACUAAACCUAAUGCUACAAUUAAACUUCCGUUGUCCUAAUGUAAACGAGACUUCACAAUCCACAAAUGUAGCAGCCUUUACCGUUAACCGCAAAUAGUCCGGUUGCAUAUUUACAGACUCUAUCCGAGUUCGACCAAAGCCGUGGGUAGUUUCAUGACCGUAAAUACGCAAUCCAUCGUGGUUUUUCAUUGAUUAGAACCUAGGUUUUAGAUUUUACAUUAGGAAACUAACUUCUUUGAAGCAUUCUGCAAUCUGAAGGUUUGGACCAACGGUUGGUUAUUAAGUUUUCCGAAUAAGACGCGUUGAGGUUUUUAAGUACCUAUACAUAUUAUAUGCAAGUCGCAUAAAAUCGAUACGGCAAAAAUGCAUCUCGAAACAAUGUACGACGGCAAUACAUUUAUUUUGACCGCGAAAUUUAACGAAAAAUACCGUCGUCUCUAUGCUUGUAUAAAACUGACGUAGGUACACGUCGUAACAAUAUUAUGUAAACACCGUGUUUUUUUAUCACGUUUUAGCCGAUUAUCUACGAAGAUUUCAAUAAAAUUAAUUUAGCCAGUUCCUAUGUAGAACAAUAUUGAAUGAUCGUCAUUCACGAAAUACUCAAAAUGUUUAUCCUCAUUCCGUACAUCAAAAACAACAAAAACGCACGUCGACUUUUGAUGUUUAAAUAGCAAUCUUUUCUUUUCAAACUCAAAAAGAGAAUCUACCUAUUUUUCUGAAAAAAAAAAAAAACUGUGAUAUCCAUAACACUUCAUAUCAGAUAUACCUAGUGUAUCUAGUUAUAACAGUUCAAUAUUUAAACCGGAGGAAUAUUAGGAUCAUUAUCUAAAAUUGAAUAUGCGAUUUAUUACCGUUCCCUAAAGUCGUCCGGUAUUCAUCGUAAACUGGUGUAACUCUCGUAAACAGCGUAUUCGUCAUUUUAAUGGUAUGGCUGAUAUCGUUUUUAGAAAAAUAUUGUUGUUUUAGAAUCAGUUUUGAAAGAGGAGAGGCGGUUCCAUUUGAAUAUAUUCAAAAUGUAUUAUUAUAAUUAUUGAAGGUAUAAGGAAUAGGAGUAAAAUUGGUUAAAUAAGAUCACGUUUAUUGGCUGAAAAAAAUCAAACAAAUUUACCAAAAUCUUCAUAGAUAAUCAAUGAGUUAUAAGUAAAACGUUUAAAAAAAAAAAAAUAUAUAAUUUUUAAAAUAUAAUGAUAUAUCGACGGAAUUACGACCCGUUAAUAUGUUUCGAUUUUAGACAUUACCAUGACACGUGGUUUUCUCGCGCAAAAUUAAUUUACUGUUAUUGAAACAAUAAAUAUUAUUGUACCUGAUUAUGGUGUAAACGAGUAUGUCCUCUGUUUACUAAAUAUUAUCGCCUGUUCGCUUAAAACUAACCCUCGAAAAAACAAAAUUAAUUAUAUUCUGAAUUUAUAAUUGAGCAGCUGUUAUUGUGCCGAUCAACCGACAUCGUUGUACGCUCCGUAGAGUGUAUACGCGUGCGAUUCCGGUAAUAUAAUAAUAACAUUAUUAUUAUUCAAACCGAAGAGAUGAACAGUAAAAUAAUAGAAUAUUACAGUUGAAACUUGUUCAAUGUUCGACACGCGAUACAUAUACAGAGUGAUACAUUUAUCUCGAGCCAGCGAUUUUCUCAGGGGAUUUUAAAUGAAUUUGGUUUUUGGAUUUUUUCCCCCUGUAAUCACUAUAAUUGGUAUAUAAAAUACAUGACCGCCACUGCUCGUAGAGACGGCAUUACCAAAUUCUACGCCACCAAAGUUACAAAUAACAUUUAUAGUUUUGUACAAUUAUAAUUGCCCGUCUUAUAAAAAAAGACGCGUGAUACAAUAGUUGGUAUUAUAUCGAUAUUUUACAAUUUCAUAGUAACAACUCAUGCAAAUAACUGUUUUGUAUUACUAAAUUAAUUAUUACGAGCAAUAUUAUACUUAAAGUUUACUUUUCAUCGCAUUUAAUAAUGCAACACCACACAACCGUAGCAUAAAAUAAUCGAAUCCAACUACGGGGUUUGUUUAUCGGAAUACGCAAUGUCGUUGGGUUUUUAUUUAUUUAUUUAUUUUUUUACACCAUUAAAACAAUUGUUUUUCCUUUCAGAGCCCACCACUGAAAUACUAGGCGGUCCGGAGCUGUACAUUGAUCAGGGUAGCACGAUAAACCUCACCUGCUUGGUGCAGUUCGCCCCGGAACCUCCUCCGACCGUCGGAUGGACGCACGAGAAACAAGUGAGCGGAACAAUUUAUACGUUCUAUUUUCGACAACAUUGACUAAGAAGAAUGGUGGUCCUUUUUCGGAUUCGGUUUCUGGAAAUGAUACAUUUUGCUACAUGGUUUUUUUUUAUUUUUCUAUGUGCGUGUGCGUGCGGUUCACAGCCCAUAAAUUUCGAUUCUCCGCGAGGCGGAAUAAGCCUGGUAACGGAAAAAGGGUCGACCACCAGCAGCAGAUUAUUAAUUCAAAAGGCGUCGUCUUCGGAUACCGGCUACUACUCCUGCGAUCCGUCAAAUGCAAAUUCAGCCACUGUCAGGGUUCAUAUAUUAAACGGUUAGUGGCCCUUAAAUUAUUUUAAAAAAACGCACCUAUACAUGAUGGGUCCUGUUUUUAUACUAACUACUACGCGGCGUUAUCCUUUUUGACGGUUGUUUCGCCGUCGAAAGAAUUAGACAGUUCAAAUACGCUAAUACUGAAACGUGCGAGACCGCAAAAAACAAAACCUGAACGCACAGAAUACAUAAAUACGCACUGUAGUAUAUGAGAAUGGGAAUACAGAUUUUAGACGUUAGCGGUAGAGAAUAAAAAUAUAACUGCCAGCCGUGUGUGAGAGUAAAACACGGAUGGACCAGAAAUAAAUCGAAAAUCUCAAUAACGACCCAGUUGCAGGUUAGUAUGUCAGUUAUUCUCUCUCGAUGACAGUGACAACAGUUUUACUUAGUUUCCGAACCCAAAUGACACGCCAUCGAUACGCGAGAUAAUUAUUUGAUACGAUAUUGGUCGAGGUAAGAAGAAAUAAGAGACGUCGUGAAGGUGUGGUAAGAUGAAGCGAAAGAAAACGAGAGAUAAAACGAGAGUACGUGUAGGAGUAUAAAUGAAAAAUUGGAGACACGAAGACGUAGUGGUCGCGUGGGUAUAAGCCAUCUAAUUUUCAUGAGAUAAUGACAGACGAAAAAGAAUCGAAUGGAAGCCAAGUGAUUGGAUUUUAAGCGUGUUAAAUUUACUUACCCCGUAAUACGGUAUUAAUGAAAAUAAUAAUAUUAUAAUCUUCUGAAUAGUAAUAAAAGUAAAUGCCCGUUUGUCUAUGUGCGAUUCACAGCCGAAUCUAUCGGACGCAGAAGUCUGAAAAUCUGCAUACGAAAUCAGAUGAACGGGACCGUGUUUACCGUGAAUCAGUUUUUCAAAACGCAUGCCCCUAAAGACUGACAUAAAGUUGUUGGUACUUUCGGAACGAAAACGUAGUUAUUUUUAUUUAGCAAUGAUCGAUCGUCGCGUACAGACAUACGUUAAGUAUAGUAAAUUAUAAUAAUGUGAUAAUGGACUCGUCGUCGUCAGUCGUCGUGCCCCUCGAAAUACGCGUUUAUUAAUAUGCAUCCCAGUUCCGUAUAUACACACACUCGACUCGGCCGCGGCGGCGUUACAGGUUAUUGUAAUAAUAAUAGUAAUAAUAAUGAUAAUGAUAAUAUUGUUAUUAUUAUGUUGUAUUGUUAUCAAGUAUACGACGAGUGACGACGAUAUACGGUCCCGGAGUAAUCCACCGUCACCGGUGCGGUUCAAUCUCAUUGUUAAUGCGUUUACUAUAUUAUUAUUAUUAAUCACAAUCGGCGACGGCGGCGGCGGCGGUUGGCCGGGGACGCCGAAAUACCGUCGAAAACCCGCGCGAAGAAUGGUUCGGUUCGCGUGAUACAUUAUUAUUGUUAUUACAACGAAACCGCCAUGCAUAAUAUUAUAUUGAGCGGCCAUUGUUAUGGUACUUAAUAACACCGGUAGAAAAAAAAAAAAAAAAAUGCUGAUACUGCAGCCGAUGGGUGUGCCACUGUCUUUUGAAGGAACUUGGAGGAACGAUAUAAAGGAUAAUUUAAUUAAUAACGCAACGAUUAGCCGUCGCUAGCGAAACACUACUCUGAGUAACAGAGUAUUAUAUUAGUCGCAUUUCUCUACAUCUAUUAAUAAAACUACUGAGAAAAUCAUAAAAACGACCACCCGAUACACCUAAUAUACACAACUAGAUGAAAAUCGCGUUCAUAAAAGAUGCUACACGUUCAUUUUGACGGAAAAAUUCUGUUAUAAAACUGUUAUAAAAUAACAUACUCGAAAAUAAUGACCUUUUAAUUACCGUAAACGUUCCCGAUUUGUCUAAAAAGUUUUAUCCCAAUUUUACUAAGAAAAUUACAAGGAAAUUUAAAAAAUUACCUCCCCAAUACGUAAUAACUAGGUCAGAAAUGCUAAGAAAAAAUCUAUCUUAUGGUUUUUGAUUGGAGCAUGAUUUUUGGUAGAAAAGUUUUCACAGACACAAAACAAAUAAAACCAAUACAUUAAUCGUUGCGCUCAGAAUCUAAAAUUCGAUCUUUAUUCAGUGUACACUGUUUCAUUCAAAUAUAGUAAUGAACAACGAAAUAUUUCAUGUGCUUAAAUUUAAAUACCUAGGGUUCUUUGAAGAGGAAUUCGUAGGGGUACCGAAAUACACAUAUUGAGCUGAUUUUCAAAACUUAUUCAAAUGUUUUCAAGCUACUUUGACUAUUACUUUUUUUGUCUAUGACAAACAUUACGCAAGAUACAAUGAUGGCUGUGUAGCCAUCGUUUGAAUUUGUUAAAAAAAUAUCAUUUUUGACUCGAUUUGUCAAAAAAUAUAAAACUUACGUAUUGGUUGUGCGUGUAAUUUUAUUUUUACUUAUAAUCAUUGUUUCUUCAUAAAGCAGUAGACCAAUUUCAAAACCAAAAUUGAAGAAAUGUCGUGAGUUUAAUUUUCGAUUUUUUUUUUUUUUUUUAACGAGUAGUAAGAAUCAUAUUUUAAAUAUAUUUUGCACGAAUGUGGUGUUAAAAAUAUCUAUCGCCAUAUAAGGUAAUGAAAGUUUUUUGAGCACCACGAGUGUUAUAAUUUUGACAAUAGAAACGAAAAGUGUUUUUCGUUAUCCUUCCGCUAUGUUGCUAAAAAAGAAAAAAAAAACUCUAUUUCAGUGUAUACAUUCACCCGGAUGAAAUAUCACAGUGUCAUUUGAGUGAAACACACUGUAUAAUGAAAUCGUCGAAAAAUAUCGAUUGCAGUAUAUGUCACCACGAUGUGUUUCUAUUUUUAUUUUUAUUUUUUUUGUGUACAUGCUUCGAGAAUGGUUUUUUGUUUUCUCUUUUUUAGGACUUAAAUCACUGAUGUCGAAACGAGCCGUGCGUGUCACCGCCCCUCUAAACUCUUCUAUUUGUUUCCGUAUAACUAAAACUCAAUUUAUACCGAACAUUUUGGUGUAUAUAUUUAUAUCAUAAAAAUAUAUAAACUAAACACUGUAGUCACAAUAAAUUAUUACUCACUCGUAUAAAUAAUCUAUUGCAUGAUAAGUUUUAUGAAUAUUAUACAUAACUUGUCCUUUUUUGUUUUUGACACAUCCGUCUACGCCGGAAUUUCGGAUCCGUUUCGGUAGUCUACAGUAGCGGUUUUUUAAUUUUUUUUUUUCUGGGUGAUAGUCCUUUGAUAUCAACUUAAAAUAUAUUUAACAUACAAAAAAUAUUUACCGAAUAUUUAUUAAUUUAUUUUAGUUCAUUUGCACACCUAAUAUUUCUUUACUUAUCUACAUGAAUUUAGGUGUCUAUAUUUUAACCAACAACAAUGUUUAUGUUUAAUUUAAAAACUAUAACACAAAAUCUACUAUUUCUAGUCUAAACUUGGAGUCUUGGAAUCCAGAACCCCUAGACCCUCUCCUCUUCUAAAACCACCACCUGGGCGUCUGCAUUCAAUACAGGGUGAUUUUUUUUUAUCAUGAACUAUCAAUUUUCUCGAAGGUUUUUAAGCGAAUUUGAUUUCUGUUUUUUUUUUUCAUCAUUAUGGUAUCGGUUAAACUUUAUUUUAAAACCGUUUUAAAUUUUUACCCCUACCCCGUAUAUACGUACAUUCUUUUGUUUUUCAAAUUGAAACCCUCCCCUUUUGAACACAGAUUUGAAAAAAAUAAAUAUUUGUCUAGACAUUUAAAUAUGCAUAAUACAAAUAUCAGAUUAAAAGUUUAUGAGUUAUAGCAGUUUAAAGUUUAGACUGGAAGACGAAAGGAGGGUAAUAAAUUGCAUAGUAUAUGUUUUCGAAUGAUCAGUUGGGGACUGGGACCGAACAGAAAAAAAACGGUUCUGGAACCCUAGAAAAACGCUUAAAAUAUCGGAAACCGGAACCACGUAUUAAAAACAUUUUAAAUACACAAAUCGGAACCAGAACUAAACAAAACAAAACUACCAGUCGCUACCCCCGAAUUUCUUUUCUCGAUUCGUAUUUUAUCCAAUUAUAAUAUACAAUUAAUAACAAGUAUGCAACCCAUAAAUCAACAGAAAUAAUUUUAUUUUCGUACCAAAAAUACCAAACAUCCCGUAUCCAUUUAAAACAUAGCCUAUAUUAUACUAUUCCUACAUGUAGAACUACAUAUUUUAUGCAACUUUCUGUUCAAUCGGUUCAGUAUAGUUUUAGUGUGAAGGUGUAACAUCCGUCCGUCCAUCCAAACGAACUUUCGCAUUAUAUUAUACAGGGUAAUCAAUCUGGUAUAAGACACUCAUUAUCUCGGGAAGUAUUAACUUUUUUUGACAUUUGUUUUAUAGACAAUUUUAGAAAUAAGCAGCUUUGCAAUUUUACAUUUAUGUUUUUUGUCACCCUAAUUUUUUAGGGUGAAAGUACGAUCUACUUUUGAUUUUCAAAUGGCAAUCUAUAUUAAAAAUUCCAUAAAUAGAUAAAAUAGUAGUUAAAAUAAAUUUUUAAUUUCCGUUAGUCCGUUGACGAGAUAUUACACUUUUAAGUUUGGGUAAGGGGAGAAUAGUGGUACAUUCUUAAAACUCCGCUUGCUGUGCCGCCACACAAACGAUGCUCCACUACUCAUUCUCCGGCUCAAACUUAAAAGUGGAAUAUCUCGUCGACGGAUAGACCGAAAUUACAAAUUUAAACACUAAAAUUUAUACUUCAAUUUAUACAUAAUUUACUACUUCACCUAUUUAUGGAAUUUUUAAUAUAGGUUGCCAUUUGAAAAUCAAAAGUAGGUAGUCGUUUCACCCCCGACAAUUAGAGUGACAAAAAUAAUGUAAAUGUUACAUUUUAGAACAGCUUGUUUUUCAAAUGUUCUUUAAAACAAAUUUUGAAAAAAAGUUAACACUUUCCGAGAUAAUAAUGAGUGUCUUACGAUAGAUUGAUCACCCCGUAUAGCAAGAUUAUAAUAUUAUCAGUUUCGUGGUAUUAACAGACAUGGUUUUCGUUUUUUUAUCGUUUUCAGGUGAACAUCCAGCCGCCAUGCACCACGGCCAGGGCAGCAUCCCGCUAUGUCCGCCGAUCGUCAGCGCCAUGAUCGUACCAUUUUUGCUCAUCUUCACUGCCAGAGACCUGUAG